CCGCCGGAUGCGCCGUAAUAAUUUCAUGUGACAUAACCAACAUAACUGAAGUAGACAAGAGUUCUCAUGCUGCCAACAAGCUAAGGUAGUCGCUAGGAUUAUUAAUAUAUUUUAUAGAUAUUAUAGACAUACGGAAUAAUUCUAUACGUUUAAAAAACGGAAUCUGUUUAAUGAAAUAUAAUUAUUCGAGGAGAACAGACAUUCGGGAGAGUCGAAAUAUUUCUCGAGCUAAUAGUAAUUUUUCGUACUUGUUGUUACUGACAUGAGGAAAAGGUGAAACUUUAUUGUUUUGUAUAAAAUCGAGACAACGUGGAACCGCUGUCACGUCGCCGCGUAUGCAACAGAAAUAAUCUAUUGAAAAUAUGGAAUACGUAUACCGUUUACCGUUUCUAGUAUUAGAAGUGCCUAAUUUAAAAUUAAAGAAGCCAUCAUGGUUCGUGAAACCCAGUGCUAUGGUAGUUUUCUCGUUUAUACUUUUAUCGUAUUUCCUCGUAACGGGAGGUAUAAUAUACGACGUAAUCGUGGAACCACCUAGCGUAGGAUCAACUACGGACGAGCACGGUCACACGAGACCGGUCGCUUUUAUGCCGUAUCGCGUAAAUGGGCAAUACAUCAUGGAAGGAUUGGCUUCCAGUUUCCUCUUUACUCUGGGUGGAAUUGGGUUCAUAGUAUUAGAUCAAACGCACAGUCCGUCGACACCGAAACUCAAUAGGGUUCUCUUGAUAUGCGUCGGAUUCAUUAGCGUUACUGUUUCGUUUAUCACCUGUUGGAUUUUCAUGAGGAUGAAACUACCGGGAUAUUUACAAUCGUAAGUAAUGCAUUAAACGUAAUACAAAUGAAAA